GUGUGUUUCAAAUAACCAUGGAUACGACAGAAAUUAAACCGCUCAGCUUGAAGCUAAAAGUUUUCCACGUAGUGAGGUACUUCCUGGCGAGUAUGGCGAGGGUAUUCUGCACUCUUUACUAUGGGAAGAAAGGGGAGAAGCUGCCGCCGAUAACCGAUGAUAUCCUGAAGCAACCGGCGAUCGAAGUCGCGAGAAGGAUUAGGAAUAAAGAGAUCACGAGUGUAGAAGUUCUCGAGGCUUGCAUUAGGCGUAUCAAGGAUGUCAACUCGGCCCUCAACUGUUUUGUGGAAGACCGGUUCGAGCUCGCGAAGAGGGAGGCAAAAGAGGCUGAUGAACUCAUAAGCAGUGGGAGCAUGACGGCAGCCCAGUUGGAAAACGAGAAGCCUCUCUUGGGCGUACCUUUCACUACGAAAGACUGCAUCGCUGUUAAAGGCCUGCAUCACACAGCUGGGGUCGUGCUCCGAAAAGACGUGAUCGCCGAAGAAGAUGCCGAGAGCAUAAAGCUGCUGCGAAGCAAAGGAGCCAUCAUCAUAGGCCUUACCAACGUGCCCGAAAUUUGCAUGUGGUGGGAAACUCACAACCACAUACACGGCAGAACAAACAACCCUUACAACACCACAAGGAUAGUUGGCGGAUCAUCAGGAGGCGAAGGAUGUCUACAGGGAGCUGCUGGUAGCAUGUUUGGCAUUGGUACUCCAGUGCAGGAUAUUGGGUCCGACAUAGGAGGCUCAAUACGUAUGCCAGCGUUCUUCAACGGAAUAUUUGGACACAAACCAUCUCGAAACAUCGUGUCAAAUGCUGGACAGUAUCCGAUGCCUAAGACUGAUCUACUAAAUUCGUACCUUGGUCUCGGUCCCAUGACCCGGUAUGCGGUCGAUCUCAAACCCCUCCUGAAGAUUAUAUCCGGCGAUAACGCAAACAAACUUGCUCUAGACAAACCCGUCGAUAUCGGAAAACUGAAGGUUUACUAUCAAUUCAGUAACAAGGCUCCAAUGAUAGACUCCGUAGAUCCAGAUAUCAAGGCGGCCAUGAAGAAAGUUGUGGAAUUUUUAAAUCUCAAACACAAAAUAGUAGCAGAAGAGAAGCAGAUUAAACUACUCCAGAAAUCAAUGCCCAUUUGGAUGACAACGAUGAAAAAUGAAGAUCCUUUUGAGAGUCUGAUUAUGGCUAAGAAAGGUACGAUGGCGAUUGUUGUCGAAAUCUUUAAGAAUCUCAUUGGGUGUUCGGGAAAUACUUUGAUAGCGCUGUUCACCGCUUUGAUGGACCGUUCCGGUGCCCCUGUAGGAAGUCCGAGGUACAACCACUAUCUCAAGUUACGUGAUAGUUUGGAGAAGAGUUUUGUAGACAUGCUUGGUGAUGAUGGUGUGUUUUUGUACCCUACGCACCCGACGCCAGCGCCCUACCAUAACGAGCCAUUGUUCAAACCUCUGAACUUCUGUUACACUGCCAUUAUCAACUGCCUCGGUUUACCAGCGACGACCGUGCCUUUGGGUUUGAGCAGCGAAGGCCUUCCAAUAGGUAUACAGGUAGUAGCAAAUCACAACAACGACCGGUUGUGUUUAGCUGUUGCCGAAGAACUAGAGAAAGGUUUUGGAGGAUGGGUAGAACCUAAAUAGACGCAACUAUAAAUAUAGAAUUUAUAUUGGACCAUGCUAGGUGUAGGUAAUCACCAAUAUACACUGAUUAAGUAAUAGGCUGUGCCUCGCUUUUUGUCGAGAAAUGUUCUAGAAUGUAUUACCAGUUAUCACAAGUUAAAUAUGCCUACCUUACGUACCUAUAUUGUAUUUUUGUAAAAUUCUAAUAAAGGUGUUUUUUUUUA